GGGAAUACACAUAGUUUCACGUCCAUUUGAGCCUAUUAUAUAAACUGAUUAACUUCUGUUCUGGAUCAUCAUCUUCAUUGCUGUAGUUCUACGAAUAUGUUUUUUCAACUCGUCUGCAUUCUAGGUAUGUUGUCAUUUCUAUUUAACAAUGAGUUUGAUAUCAGUCUAACUAGGCAGGCUCACCUGAAAUGAUGAUUUACCUUGUGUUUGUCUAUAGCUGCCUGCUUGCAAGGUGGGCUUACACAUGAUAGGCCUACACGAGAGGUGAAGUCAGUUUGUGGAGAGGACUCAAUUCUUAAAUGUAAAGUAAUAUGUAAGCCUGGGGUCCAGUACCGGGCAGUGAAGUGGUACAAGGUAAGCUUUCUAUUAUUGUGAUAGCACAAACUGUGUGUUUUGAAGUAUGCAAUAUAUGCAUAAAAUAUACAGCACUGGUCCCAGACCAGCAACCUGGUCUCAGAGCAUUUUGUAUUAUUCUGUACGUAAAUCCGAGACACUUCAUUUAGUGUGUUAUGUUACGUUUGGUAUGGUUACAUAAGACAGAUGGUUACUUAAGGGAAAAACUAAAGGACGGUGAUUGGUCAGGGAGGAUAGGCGGGCAUAUAACGCAAAUAUUUAGCAAACCAAAGGUUGCGAGUAUGAAUCUCAUCAGGGACAACAUUAGCAUUUUAGCUAAUUAGCAGCUUUUAAACUACUUAGCAUGUUAGCUAACCCUUCCCCUAACCUUAACCCUUUUAGCUAACUCCUAGCCUAGCUAGCAUUAGCUAGAAUUCGUAGCAAAUUUGUAAUAUUUUGAACGUUUAGCAAAUUCGUAACAUAUAAUAGGAAUAGUAAUUUGUAACAUAUCAUACGAAAUAGGUGAUAGAUAUCCACAAAUUAAUACAUACCAUAAGAAAUGUAACAUAUCAUACUUACUGCUACGUCUUGGAUUUACAUACAGAAUCAUACGAAAUGCUCUGAGACCAGGUUAAGACCAGCCGUUAGAGGCAUAGAGUAACCUCCCACCCUCUUCUCCCAGCUCGGUGAGGAGCCCUCUAAUAAGGUGUCUGGUCUAUUGAUGAAGAGGCUAUCACCUAACAGCACCACCCAAUGGUACGCCGGUCUGGAGCGUGAAGUGGAACUUUUGGCUGAUGAUUCUUUCGAUAUCUUCCUGCCCAAUGUAACAGCUGUUGAUAGCGGGAGGUAUAAGUGUCUCCUGGCAGCACCUGUAGGAGAACAGAACCAGGAGGGGCAGGUUCACCUCAGAGUGACAGGUGAGUGUUCUACUCUCAUUAUGUGCUUGUUUUGGUACAUAGACCUACUGUAUGUGAGUGUUUUAAAUUGGACCCAGAGAGAGUUCAUCUUUUAAAAUGUUUCCAGUGAUGCUCAAGGAUUUGUGGAAAACAUUUUUGCAGGUUGCCUUGAGUCCACAGACCAAUCAGAAGAAAGGGAUACCAUCCUAGUUCUUUCCAUUGUGGGGCUUGUGGCAGCAUUGCUGAUAUUCACCAUCAGCUAUGUGAGUUACAACACUGCCCGCUGUUCCUCUGACUUAUUUUUUUGUAUUAAAAUAGAUAAAAGAAACUAACAUUUUAUGGUGAUGGUUUCCAUGUAUUGCAUGUAUUUCAUUUUCUUUUAAAUGUUUCAGUUAUUUACUCAAUAAUGUUAAUCUUUACCAUAGGUCAUCCUACGGAAUAUGUUAUUGCAAAGGAGUAAGAAGUAUCCACAAGAACCACUUCUAGAUGCACACCUUGAGAAGAAGGAUUUAAUGUUGAUCUACACUCUGGGGCCAAACUGGUCAGGACAGGCUUCCAUAAAACAUGUCUGUGUGUGAGAGCCUGUUCUGCUAGUUUGGGCUCAUUGUAUACUUGAAUGUGAAGAGGAAAUGCAGAGAAAGCUUUGAAGCUGAGCAAGGAGCCUAAGAGGAGCUUAAGAGUCAUGUCUACUUUCCAGGAGAAGAGUUCACCUCUAGAGCAGGGAGGCAGACAACCCUCUGGCCGGGUCUGUAGAACUAAGAUGUGUAGGCUUUUCAAAGAAAUGAAACAGAAACAGAAGCCUACACCCUUUCACUCAGACAGCCAAACAGCAGUACAGCCAGGCUUGGGCAGCAGUUCUCCAGCAACGACUGCUUGUCUGCAGCAUUCACACACCUGAGAUGCUCAAGAAGCAGGGCCUAGUGAAGGGACCCCACGAUCUAAGCCCCAAGAUCUAA